AUGGAGGCAGAUGACGUAACAUCGCUGAUUGAGUUAACUCAGCUCUUCUCCAGUCGCACUCCGCAGUCGUUCCGUUCUGAAUUUCUGCCGUUUCUGUUCGGAAAUACGGUAUUAGAUACGGACGAUGAACGAUCUGUAAUGUCUGCCACUCACUUAUGCUUGCCGGUUACCGUUCAAGAAGUGUUUGAAGCUCAGGCUGCAGCACUAAAAUUUUCCCAAGGGGUGUCGGAAGAUGUGCCAAAUGAAUUCAAGCAGUCGAUCAGAUUUCUUCUAGUUGACUGUCGUCCUGCAGAGCAGUACAACGCCGGACACCUAAACACAGCGUUCUUCGUCGAUUCACAAUUGCUGCUCUCAGAACCGGAUGCAUUUCAGUCCACGGUGGAGGCCUUACUUCAAUCCCAGCGACGAGCGUUAAAUGCCGGUUCACAUGCUGCCGGAGAACAUAUCACAUUCCUUAGUAGUGGCCGACCGGAAGAGGAUCAGGUCACGAAUAUGGUUGUUGCUACCUUUCUACGGCUAAAUAUUCCAUACGUCAGCCUGGUCCAAGGCGGUUAUACAGCACUGCACGAAACACUUGGACCUCAGCAGAUAAGUCGCAGUUUGGUCAGUCACAAUCCAAACGUGUGCAUCAGCUGUCAAACUCAGUCAUCUGAAACAAACAAUUUGGCGACGACUUCACUGAAGUCCGGUACAAUUUCUGCGGGAAAAAAUCCAUCUGUUUCACGACCAACAAACCCCCCCGUAUCUACAGCUAAAACAACCGGAGGGUUGUUUUCCAAAAUAUCUGGAACACUUUUUAAAGGUGCAGUUGGUUAUCAGAAAACCCCCGUCUCUGCCGGAAAAGCGGAUCACGCUACUGGAACGAAUCGUACACAGAAAACACUCCAGUCGACGCCCUCGCAGUCUUCGGUUCGACUGGAGGGUCAAUCGACUGGAGCAUUGGUUAAGCAAUCACAGACAAAUAAUGAACAUCCCGCUUCCUACAGAAACACCGCAUCUGUUUUCAGUAUAGAUGAAGAUGAGGAUAUCGAUGAAGAUUUUACCCCACCCGGAAACGAGUCGAGUUCGUUUUCUUCUGGAAUGGAUGGAGCUGCAGAAUCUGCGGAAUCACCCACUCGAACGGAACAAGGUCCCAAAGCUACUUCAUGGCUUAAGCGUCUAACCGCUGCAAUCCAUGUGAGCGAAAGUGAAAGUUUACCACCAGGAGAUAUUCCCACGCGUCCGGGCGGUUUGGAUAGUAGCGAACCGGGUGACUUGAUCGACACUACUCAAUGGUCAAGACGUUCAGAGUUACAUGGUGUAUUCGACUGUCAGUUCAUUGAUUCUCGGGGCCGCCUGGCUGAGGUUGGGUACCUGAUCCUGGCGGAGCGGCAUCUCCUUGUCCUGCGUGACCAUACACCUCGAUCUCCUGCGCGUUUCAUCGCCUCCAUUGGAUCUGUGGUUCAGUCCGCUUUUGGGCGGACGUCGGAUUCGGGUGAAGGCACAACGCGGAUUAGCGCGCGGUCACGUCAUGCCGUUUUGUUACGCUCAGCUCCCCUUGCCUUGAUCAGUCGGAUCACGGCAAACCGACGUCUGCCUGAGUGUAUUACAUUCCACUAUUCCGGCAAAGAUCCGACGGAUUUGCUUCAACUCAAUGAACCAGCGAUGGGUCUUAGAGACAGAUUGUACUUGCCGCAGGCGGGUGAAGCCGUUCGAAUGAUCAAAUUGGCCAUUUGCCACCUGACCAUGGCUUAA